CCGAUCGAUAUAUCAUAUAAACAUUUGGCCACCACUAGCAGUCAAAACUUUAUUAUCCGUAAACAUAUAUAGAAUCUGUGCUUUCCAUUCAUGAAAAAAGGUUAUCCUCUGGAAAAAUGAAACCAAACUCCAGGGCAAAUAAAAACAAUGGAUCGGAGUCCAAUGAGUUUGUUGUAGAAAAAAUCAUUGGAAAGCGCUUUGUACGUGGUCAUCCACAAGUUCUGGUAAAAUGGGUUGGAUUUCCAAUAUGUGAAAGCACAUGGGAACCCAUGGUGAACAUGGGAAACUGUAUGAGACUCUUAGCCGACUUUGAGGCUCAACUUUUCGAGAGGGCCAACGCCCGUCAAGAAUAGGCUACUAUCAAAAGCCUUUUUAUCUCCGAAUGAUGAAGUUUCAAAAAUGUUUUAGCCAAAUGCGCGGACCUUACAUGUACAUAUUCACUUAAAAUUUAAGCCUUAAUGUAUAAAAUUAAAACUAUUUAUGCCAAUAAAGGUAUCUUGUUUGUUCCUAAAA